GAGUUUCAGCUUAAGGGUUCCGGGCGCACACCCUUUUCCCGGAGCGGGGACGGACGGGCGGCGCUCCGUUCCAGCGUCCGGGAGUUCUUGGCGAAGGAAGGAAUGCACUUCCUCGGCGUGCCAACCGCGCGCGCGCUCUCCCUGGUCGUGGACACAGAGUUGAAAAUUCAGCGGCAGUGGUACCCGGAAGCGCAGAAUAAAGACGUGCAGCUACGCGCCGAUCAAGUGGGCAACCGGGAGGAAGUGGCAAUGUCGAGGGGAGCUAGUAGUGCAGCUCUACUUGCGCUUACUCCAAGGCCGGGUAAAAUUUUGUGGCCGAGCAAUGGGGUUCCCGAGUCGCAGAUGGCUGCGAAUCAGGAGAUUUUUCGGGAGGAGCAGGCCGCAAUUCUGACGAGAGUGAGCCCGAGCUUUCUCCGCGUGGGCCAAGUGGAACUGUUUGCAAAGGAAAAGUCAGUCGGCGAGUUCCGGAAGCUGCUGGCCUACGUCCUGUGGCGCGACUUUCGACCGUAUUUACAGAUUGGAAAUAGCACGGCGACUACCGGGUCGUGGCCUGCAGAUGUGAGUGGGCAAAAACAAAAAGCGAAGGAGUCACAGCGAACCUUACCGCAUGAGCAAGAAGCGCUUGAUGACGCACAGGCGUCUAGCUUGCUUACGGUGAAAAAUCUGAAAAUCUUUCUUCUCAUCUUUGCGCACAGACUGGCGUUUUUGCACGCGGAGUGGUUGCGGGUUGGGUACGUGCAGGGGAACAUGAAUUCCGAUAACUGCCUGCUGAACGGGUACUCCCUUGACUAUGGUCCUUUCGGCUUUCUCGAGCAAUUUGAUCCGCUAUGGUGCCCUUGGAUUGGCGGCGGUGAAAAGUUUAGCUAUUCACAACAACCAAAG